AUGUCUGCCCAAGGCACCACGAGUACGAUGUCGUAUCCUAAUUUCUGGAUGCUGGUAGCAACUUUCGCCCUUGCAUAUGCAGUUUCUGUCGCCAUCUAUAGACUCUAUUUUCAUCCUUUGGCCAAGUUCCCGGGACCGUUUUGGGCCUGCUUGAGUACUUUCCCGUCGUGGUGGCACACUCGCAAGGGAGACCGACAUAUUUGGCUCUACAGUCUUCAAGAAAAGUACGGUACUGAGUUCCGUUACCGACCCGAUAGCGUCUUGGUCAACACCCCCUCCGCUUUCAAGAAGAUCUUUGGUCCUGCUGGAAACGUGAGAAAAGCAGACUACUACAAGGCAUGGCCGCGCAACAGCAAGACACACAACACAUGGAAUGCUACAAGCAUCGAGAUGCACGCGCGGAAGCGGCGAGUGUUGAACUAUGCCUUUUCGGAAAGCGCUCUCCGAUCCGCUGAAAAGUUCCUCCAUUCCAAUAUCGAUCGAUGGUUGGAACUGAUCGGUCAAUUGGCCGAGAACGACGGUGAAUGGACACCAUCAUUCAACAUGUGUGAUUGGAUGAACUACCUCGUCUUUGACAUCCUUGGUGACUUGUGUUUUGGUCAAUGUUUCAACAUGAAAGAGAGCGAUAGCAAGCUGCGCCACGUCCCGGAAAUGUUGGUCGGCUUCCUAGAGGUGCUUCAUCCUAUUGGAUGGAGUCCAUUCGCCUCCGCUUACAUCUGGUUGAAGCCCCGUGGCCUUGACUGGCUCCUAUCGGUCGCUUCUCCAUCCGCCGUGCUACAGUGGCAGAAAUUCGUCGAGAAUUGCCUGGCAAAUCGUACGCAAGUCCAGAAAGAGGAGGAAAAGAACCCCAAACCGGACCAAGAAACUAGAAAGGACUUUUUCUACUGGCUCUUCAAGGCCGAGGACCCGGAGACCGGAAAGCCUGGUUACACGCUAGAUGAGCUCUAUGGAGAGUGUGAACUGCUGACCAUUGCCGGCUCUGAUACAACAUCGAUUGUCCUAUCCAGUGCCUUCUUCUACCUCGCCCGACGACAGGACGUGCAAGCGAAACUUGCAAAAGAGAUCCACUCAACCUUUUCGAGCUACGACGAGAUCAAGGCCGGGAACAAGCUUCACUCAUGCACCUACCUGACAGCUUUCCUCGAGGAAACUUUGCGCAUGACACCCCCUGUCUCCGCCGAGCCAGCCCGCAAAGUCCUUCCAGGCGGUGUGAAUGUGAAUGGGCAUUACAUCCCAGAAGGCCAACACGUCAGCACUGGUUUCUACUGCCUCAGCUUCAACAAAGACGUCUAUCCAGAGCCAUUCAAAUUCCGACCGGAGCGUUGGAUCGAAUCCGACGACAAGGAAGUUGGCUCUCCCGCUGAAUCCGUUGCUGCGGCCCGCGAAGCCUUUUGCGCAUUUUCCUUUGGUUCUCGCGGCUGCGUUGGGAAAAAUCUCGCUUGGUUGGAGAUGCGUAUUGUCAUCGCCAAGGCUCUGUGGAUGUUCGAGGUGAAGCCUGAUCCUACCAACAACCUUGGAGGAGGCGACCCGCGAGGGAAGCCGGGCAGACAGCAUGAGGAUGUCUACCAGACGUAUGAGAUGUUUGUAUCGGAUCGCAAGGGUCCGAUGGUGCAAAUGAGGAGGAGGGUGUGA